AUGGACAGUAAUAUGCCUUCACUUACGAGUAUGUGCUUGGAAGUCAUUGUAAGUAAUCUUACAUCACUGAUAGCCACUCAUCAGGAUCCUGAUAAGGAAUAUCCUAGCUAUUCCUGGCGAAAUUUUCCUUCAAACUGGCGGAUUGAGCCUCAACUGGCGAAGGAGUUAAUUAAAAGAUUGAAAAUUUGUGGCAAAUUUAUUCCAAGUCUGUUUACAACGGACUAUACAAUGCUGAGCUCCUUCGAACUUAACAAUCUUCAGUUCAAUUCCCAUUCGUGCUCUCCU